GCGGUGGGCGGGCAGUCUGCGGGCCCUGAGGCGCCACCAUGUACUCGACUGCCGCCGCCGCCGCCGCGCCGCCUCGCCGGGACUUCAUUUCCGUUACCCUCAGCCCGGAGGAGGCGGUGGUGGGGCCCGGCGGCUACAACAACAGCAAAGCCUGGAGGCGGCGCUCCUGCUGGCGGAAAUGGAAGCAGCUGUCUCGACUGCAGCGGAGCGUAAUCCUCUUCCUGUUUGCCUUCUUGGUGGUCUGUGGUGUCAUUUCAUACACAAGCAUGGGGGAACCAUGGAAAAGUAUAACAAACAAAUCGUCAAAUGAUCAGAAUUCAGAACCAGAAAUUCCUGGAUUAAAGCUGGCAAAUCCAGCUGUUCUACCAGCACCCCAGAAAGCAGAUGCCAACCUUGGAGACUACCUAGAACUUUCACCACAGAAGCCACCAAAGCCUCCCCAUGUUCGGCGUGGUCCUUCCAAUCUCCAGAUCAAGCCAGCACGGAAGGAUGUGAGGCUGAAUACCCAACAUGGCAGCAGCAGGGUUGUAGAAGAGCUGGUUCAGGCUGAAAAAGAAGAGAAAACAGAGAAAUCUGUUAUCAGCUGGAGAGGAGCAGUGAUAGAACCUGACCAAAGCACUGAACCUCCAUCUAGUAAAAAAAAGGAGUCAGAGAAACCUUCAUCUGUGGAAGCUGAAGACCAGAAGGAACCAGUGCCCAUAAACGACCGUCAGAUGGCUGUGAUAGAAGCAUUCCGACAUGCAUGGAAAGGGUAUAAGGAAUUUGCCUGGGGCCAUGACGAGCUGAAGCCUUUGUCCAAGUCCUACAGUGAGUGGUUUGGACUUGGGCUUACCUUAAUAGAUGCCUUGGAUACCAUGUGGAUUUUAGGCUUAAAAGAAGAGUUUGAAGAAGCAAGAAAAUGGGUAGCAAACAAUUUAGUAUUUGAUAAAAAUGUGGAUGUGAACCUUUUUGAGAGCACCAUUCGUAUCCUGGGGGGCUUGCUGAGCACCUACCAUCUCUCUGGAGAUAGCCUCUUCCUGGAAAAAGCUAAAGACAUUGGAAACAGGCUUAUGCCAGCAUUCAGGACCCCCUCCAAGAUACCAUAUUCUGAUGUCAACAUUGGCCGGGGCACUGCACAUCCACCUCGCUGGACAUCUGACAGCACUGUGGCAGAGGUGACCAGUAUUCAGCUGGAGUUUAGGGAGCUCUCUCGUCUCACUGGUGAUCAGAAAUUCCAGAAAGCUGUAGAUGAGGUGAUGAAGCAUGUUCACACCCUCUCAGGGAAAAAUGAUGGACUAGUGCCUAUGUUCAUAAACACCAACAGUGGGCAGUUCACUCACUUGGGUGUCUAUACUCUGGGAGCCAGAGCUGACAGUUACUAUGAGUAUUUGCUCAAGCAGUGGAUUCAGGGUGGGAAAAAAGAAAAUGAGCUGUUGGAAGACUAUAUGAGAGCCAUAGAAGGAGUGAAACAGCAUCUUCUUCAGAGAUCACAACCGAAGAAGCUUACUUUUGUAGGAGAACUUGCUCAUGGCCAUUUCAGUGCCAAGAUGGAUCACUUAGUUUGCUUUUUGCCUGGUACUUUGGCAUUGGGAGCUCACAAUGGACUGACUGCAGAUCAUAUGAAGUUGGCUGAAGCCCUUAUAGAAACCUGUUACCAGAUGUAUGCUCAAGUGGAGACAGGCCUCAGUCCGGAGAUUGUACACUUCAAUCUUCAUGCACAAAAGGGCCACAAAGAUGUGGAAAUUAAGCCAGCAGACAGGCACAAUUUACUGCGACCAGAAACUGUGGAAAGCCUUUUUUAUAUGUACAGAUUCACUGGUGAUAAGAAAUACCAAGACUGGGGCUGGGAAAUCUUGCAGAACUUCAAUAAGUACACACGGGUUCCUACAGGUGGUUAUACUUCCAUUAAUAACGUCCAGAAUCCCAGUAACCCAGAGCCACGAGAUAAGAUGGAGAGCUUCUUCCUUGGGGAAACGCUCAAAUACAUGUUUCUGCUGUUUUCAGAUGACAUAGACUUAAUCAACCUUGACAAAUAUGUAUUUAACACAGAAGCUCAUCCACUCCCUAUCUGGGUGCCAUCAUAGACUGGGUGUCAGUAGACCUUCCAGUGGUGGUGUUUUUAUCUUAAAGUCACUUUACUAUUCAGGGUUUAAGGAGAGAUGCUAUAUUGCACCUUUUUUGGCUUAAAUCAAACAAACAAAACCUUUAGGAAAGCAUCUCUGGUUUGAAGAAGUCAUGUCAGUCUUAAAUGUAAUCUCUGGUUCUCAGAUGGACAUGCUGUGCAUACUAAGCUGGUUUUCCUGGUAUUAAUGAUGUGGUUCACAGAAUAAUGGACCAUGAAAUCAUGGGGCUCUGGUGAACCAGAGCUCAACUUAUGUCAGUCUUACUAAAUGCUCAUUAAAUACUGGGAAUGCAGUGAGUUGUCUGAAGCACAGGCUUGUUCCUGAAGAGAAGGAAUAAGCUUACAGGUGUCUGGUUUGUUCUGGAUUCACUGAAACACUCAGUUACAGUGCUGUUUCUUCAUGAAAACAUACAGUGUUUAAGGUGCUAAGUGGGAUAAACCAAGAACUGUGACAUUGUCCCAGGUGGAAGCAAAGCUGUCAGUAUUGCUACUGAUACUCUGAUCUCAUUCCGACCUCCCCAGCUAUGCUGCGUCACGUUGGAGGAAGCAGCAGCAAAGCGUCUGUUAGACAGCAUCUUAGUUUUAUAGAGCACUUUGGCUGAAAUGAAUGAUGGAAGAGAAUUUGCUGCUGCUUUGGUUCAAAGUGGUACAUAAUUUUGUAGAGUUAUUGCAGUUUUUAACUUAUCUGCAGGAAUGCAGGAGAUAAUGUGAAACACAAGUGAAACUACAUGUGCAUUUUAUAUAUUAUUUGCAUUAGUUAGACUCAGGUAUUCUGACUGAAAGCUGCUUUCUGAGGUUGGGCACUGGGAAAGCUUGUUGAGCACAUUAGGUAUAAUUCUGAGUCAGCUUUCUUCUGUCCCUUCAGAUAUUGCAUUGUAAGGUGUUUGACAAAAAACAAGCGUACAGCAGAGUUCAUGUCAUUCAUCAUUUUUGGACUGUGGACAAAUUCUCAAGGUUUUUUGGUUGGUUGUUGUUUUUUUUUUUUUCCCUGUGAGUACUUGGGUAGUUUUUUUUCAUAAGUAGUAUUAAAAGCAGACAGUCCAAGUGUAUUACAGCAAUUCCUGGUCCCAGUAGAAUCAGUGAAAUCUGUUCAGUUGCUUGAAGACAAAGCAGAUCCAUCUUUUUAAAGAAUCUUAUGGGAGCCCUGGGAUCUUUCAUUUUUAUAUGUGCAAGUAGAUUUUACACUAUGAAUUUGGAAAUCAGCUUUCUGUAGUGCUUUUCCUAUAGGUUUUGUAGCUACUUGAACAGUCCUGUAUUCACAUACAAGGUCUCAGAUAAUAUGCUUCUUUCAUUUUGAGGUUGCUCUCAUCAAAAUGUCCUUUCUGCUCACUUUAAUGGAAGCAGCAUGAGGAAUGCAGGUCGUGGUGGUGAGGUACAUUCCCUCUAAACUAGGGCUGCUACAGGAGCUAAUGAAUUCUGACUGUAACGGUUGGUUUUUCUGUGUAUUUGGUAGUAUUUGUAACCUUUGAUUUGUAAAGUAAGAUGCAUUUUUAUUUGUUUUAUGCUUAUCAGUUCUGUUUGCUUGGGGUCAGAAGUUACCCUUGGGACCACUGUUUAAGUCUUUUAAAGAAUAUUUAUCAUUCCAUGUAAUUCCAUUAUCAUUCCAAUUCCAUGGCUUAUGGAAAUGAAGAAAUGCUACAAUUUAUUUAAAUGCACCUUUUUCUGUUGUCAAAGGGACCUUGGAAUUUGCAAGACAUGACAAAUGUGUGCAGAAUGUUAAUGUUGCUCCAGUUCACAUGCCACCAGUAACCCUGGAAAUCAGUUUUUCACGUGCACUGGAAUCCAGUAGCUGUAGCCUUUGUUCGCAUAAGUGAUUUGCUCCUAAAACUUUUGUUUUCCUUUGUUGUAAUAGUAAAGAAGGAAAAUGCUGUUGAAAAUGGGAGGAACACCUUCAGUGUUUCUGUUUGUGGAACAGGUUUGUGGUUCUGAGGAGCUGAGCUUUGGCUAAAAGCUGGAGGCUCAAAACUGAAGAUUUAAAAACAAAAAAAAAAGUUAAAACCCCUGCUCAGUGAUACUGUCCAGGCCCUGCUGACGGGUGCUGCUUGGCCUGUGCCUUCCAUUGAAGCGAGUACUGAACUCAGACUGAAUGACUUCACUGUGGAUUUUAAAACUUGCAGAGUUUGGUGUUUCACCUUUAGGACAGCGCUGCUGAGGAAACAGAUGUCUUAGAAAGUGGAGUACAUACAAAUGCUCACCAAAACCCUUAGGUUGUUGAAGUCUUACACUAGUCUUAAUGGAAUCAACUCUGCAAAUGGGACUGUGUGAGUUUGUGUUUUUUGGGGUUUUUUUUCCCCUUCUGAUUGGUUUGAGAGUAAUAAUCCAUUUCUGAAUGAGUUGAAGGAGAGAAGAAUAAAUCAUCACUUCCCCAAACACACUUCUUGUCUUUUAGUUGAGCCUGUUUGUUCAACUACUGUCUUUCUUUUUCUUCAUGGGAUACUGAACCUCUUUGCAAAGUGGCUUUACUGUCCUUGUCCUUUAAAUCCUUUAAAUCUGAAGUUAAGAUUGUUCAGGGCUCUUGUAUCACAUGUGAAAUGGCAGACACCUAAAUAAUCUGAUAAAAGUCCGUGUGCUUC